AUCUUACUUUAGAAAAACCCUAUGAACUCCAAAACAUUAUUUUUUUCUUAGUUUAGUAAAUUUAAUUGGAAAUCUGCGAUCAGUCUAGCAGAGAUAGCAUUCGGCACCAUUGGAGCAGGGCUCAAGUCCAUUUUCUUGAGAAAUCAGAUGAGAUUAGGAUAGGCUUCUGCGGUUUGCUCAGGUAGGGGCUGGCGGAGGUAACGAGUUGCAGAUUGCAAUUAUUUUAUUACCAUCUCAACUAAUUUACGCCGUUUCAGGAUGUCUUCCGGCACAAUGAAGCACAGCUUACAGCUUUCUAGUACAGGUCUGGCCCCUGCUAUUCCUUUCAAUCAGCAGAGGGUGAGAAGGACUGUGCCUGCAAUAAACACCAUUCGGGCUUCUUCUGCGCCCAGUCACAAUAGUGAUGCUUUGGGCUGCUGCAAUAAUGGGUUUGGACUUAACAAGUCUGAAUCCAAAACGUUUGUAUAUAUUGGAGGGACUGUAGGUGUUGGCCUUGCUACAGGCAUCGUUCUUCAGUUGGCGGGUCCUUCUGGAGGUGGAACUGGAGGAGGAUGGAUGGGUGGAUGGGGAGGAGGUGAUGGUGGCGGCAAUUUCUGGGCAAAAAUUGGUGCAGCAAUAGCUGAUGAUAAAAGAAAUGAUGACUCUGAGGAUUUUGAUAAACAUGGUAUGUCGGUAGGCCUGGGGAUCCCAAUAAAUAGGUUGUUUUCGCAUAAAAGAUACAAGAUAUCGAAUGUUGAGAUCUACGAUGAAAGAGAAUUCAAGACUAUAAAUAAGAACUCUGAGGAUUGUUUUUAUGAGAUGUUUUCCAUUCAACCUGGUGGAGUAUAUAAAAAAGAAGAUUUGCAGAAAGAACAUAACAAUCUUAAGAACAGUGGUAUGUUUGCAACAUUGGAAAUGGAAACUAUCACUCAACCAGAUGGAACCCUCAAGUUGAAAAUUAAUUUUACUGAGAGUUCCUGGAGAGGUGCAGAUAGAUUGCGUGUUGUCAAUGUAGGUUUUCUUAAGGGAAAUGUCAGAGAGUUUGACCCAAAUUGGGAUGAGGAGGAAAAGAAGAAGUACUUCAAGGAAGUUAAGCAAGACUACAAACGGCGUGUUAAGAGAACGAAGCAUGUCCUGCUCCCACCGUCCGUAGAGAGAAGGAUUAGUCGCAUGCUUAGCAAAAACUAUAGAUUGUCUGCAAGGUUGCUUCAAGAGGUCAGAGAUGAGGUUCAAAGAUGGUAUCAUGAAAAUGGAUAUGCUUGUGCCCAAGUGGUGAAUUUUGGGCACUUGAACACAAAAGAGAUAAUCUGUGAGGUGAUUGAAGGUGACAUCACCAAAGUGGAUAUCCAAUUUCAGGACAAAAUGGGGAAUCUUUGUGAAGGGAAUACCUCAACAGCCGUCAUUAUAAGAGAGCUGCCAGAUGAGUUAUGGACGGGUCGAGUUUUCAAUAUAGAUGCAGGAAGGCAAGCACUCAGAAAUAUAAAUGGACUUGCAUUAUUUUCAAACAUAGAGAUCAAUCCUAAACCCGAUGAGACAAAUGAAGGUGGCAUUGCAGUUGAGGUGAAGCUUAAAGAACUUGAACAUAAGACAGCUGAAGUCAGUACAGAAUGGAGCAUUGUACCUGGAAGUGGGGGGCGACCUCAUCUGGCUUCAAUUCAACCAGGUGGAAGUGUCACAUUUGAGCACCGAAAUUUGAAAGGGCUAAAUAGGUCUAUUCUUGGCACUGUGACUUCAAACAAUCUUUUCAAUCCUCAGGAUGAUCUGGGCUUUAAAAUGGAAUAUGUCCAUCCUUAUAUAGAUGGUCUAACUAAUUAUGACCGGAAUCGAACUUUUCGUGCCAACUGCUUUAAUAGUCGUAAACUGAGUCCUGUGUUUACUGGGGGACCAGGUCUUGAAGAGGUUCCAGCAAUUUGGGUUGAUCGAGCAGGCUUAAAAGCAAAUAUCUCAGAGAAUUUGAGUCGUCAAAGUAAAUUCACCUAUGGAGUGGUGAUCGAAGAAAUCACAACCCGUGAUGAAACUAGUACUAUAUGCACCAGUGGAGCUCGUGCUUUGCCAAGUGGGGCACUGACCAUGGACGGACCACCAACAACAUUGAGUGGUACUGGUAUCGAUCGCAUGGCUUUUCUGCAAGCAAAUAUUACACGGGACAACACUAUAUUUGUUAAUGGAACUCCUGUUGGUGCUAGGGAUGUUUUCCAGUUGGACCAAGGUUUAGGAAUUGGUAGCAAAUUCCCGUUUUUCAAUCGUCAUCAAAUGAGUAUGACUCGCUUCAUCCAACUUAAAAAAGCACAAGAUGAAGGUGGACCACCUCCAGUGAUGGUUCUUCAUGGGCGUUAUGGAGGUUGUGUUGGGGACCUUCCCAGCUAUGAUGCUUUUACCUUAGGUGGCCCCUACUCUGUAAGGGGUUAUAACAUGGGAGAACUUGGAGCAUGCAGAAACAUUCUUGAGCUUGCAGCAGAACUUCGGUUGCCAGUAAGAAAGACUCAUGCGUAUGCAUUUGCUGAAUAUGGAACAGACUUGGGUAGCUCAAAAGAUGUGAAAGGAAACCCAACAGAGUUCUUUCGCCGAGCUGGGCAUGGUGCUUCAUAUGGUGCUGGUGUCAAGUUAGGGUUAGUAAGAGCAGAGUAUGCAGUAGACCAUAAUGCAGGGACUGGUUCGGUACUGGUUCGCUUUGGGGAGAGAUUCUAAGAAUGGGUUCUCAUGAUUGCCUGUUAAAGAUUGUUAUGGGAUCUCUGCAAUGGCUGCCCAAACUUAUUUCUGACUUUCCACUAUAGGAAAGUCAUUGGUCAGGCUUUGUAUUUGGAUGUAUAACACAUUUGUUUCUCUUCAUACAAGGAACAUGAGGAGUAGAAAUUUCUGUACUCUGUUGUCUACUGUCUUCUUCUUCCUGGACAAAUUGCAGAAGUCUACAUCUAGGUACAAAUUUUGAAACUGUGGUUAGAAAUGAGUUGUUCUGCUAUUUUUGAGGUUCUGUUGGAGGUUUUCACAUUUGAAUGCUGUCAGAUUCAGGCUAACGGUCAUAUUCCUUCAAGUGGUCAGUGUCUUAAUAAUGUAAUUCCACAGUUGCCAAGCAGUUAAUUUUCGACAUGCUAAAUUGUUAAAGCAUGUUGAAGUAUUUUUUGGAAUUAUUUGCUCUAGAUAAUUCAUUGUUGUUGCUUGGUAAAAAAUAAAUUAAGAAAUUCUCUUUUCCCUA